GUCCCGCGUUUCCGCCAGCAGCCUGGGCGGCGUCAUGGCCGCGGACCGUGACGCUGGCGCAGCCUCAGCACCAGCGGCCUCUGACGGAGGUAUCAGCCAAAGCACCAAAUCUGGAGAGGAGCUAGUAGUCCAGGUGCCUGUGGUGGACGUGCAAAGUGACAACUUCAAGGAAAUGUGGCCGUCCCUCCUGCUGGCCAUCAAGACUGCCAGCUUUGUGGCUGUGGACACGGAACUGAGCGGGCUUGGGGACAGGAAAAGUUUGCUGAACCAGUGCAUCGAAGAUCGUUACAAGGCCGUGUGUCAUGCUGCCAGAACCCGUUCUGUCCUCUCCCUGGGUUUCGCCUGCUUCAAGCAGCAGCCAGACAAGGAGGAACACUCGUACCUGGUCCAGGUGUUCAACCUGACCCUGCUGUGCAUGGAGGAAUAUGUCAUAGAGCCAAAGUCCGUGCAGUUCCUGGUACAGCAUGGCUUCAACUUCAACCGUCAGUAUGCUCAAGGCAUCCCCUACCACAAGGGCAAUGACAAGGGUGAUGAGAGCCAGAGCCAGUCAGUGAGGACUCUGUUCCUGGAGCUCAUCCGGGCCCGGCGGCCCCUGGUGCUCCACAAUGGUCUCAUAGAUUUGGUGUUCCUGUACCAGAACUUCUAUGCGCACUUGCCUGAGACCCUGGGGACCUUCACUGCUGACCUGUGUGAAAUGUUCCCGGCUGGCAUUUAUGACACCAAAUAUGCAGCUGAAUUUCAUGCCCGCUUCGUGGCCUCCUACCUAGAAUAUGCCUUCCGGAAGUGUGAGCGGGAAAAUGGGAAACAGCGGGCAGCCGGCAGCCCACAUCUCAUCCUGGAGUUCUGCAGCUAUCCUGCUAGCAUGAGGGCGCAUAUCGACUACCGCUGCUGCGUGCCCCCCACCAGUCACCGUCCUCAUUCCACCAACAUCUGUGAUAACUUCUCGGCCUAUGGCUGGUGCCCCCUGGGACCACAGUGUCCUCGAUCUCACGAUAUUGACCUUAUCAUUGACACUGAUGAGGCUGUGGUGGAGGACAAGCGGCGGCGACGGCGACGUAGAGAAAAACGGAGGAGGGCUUUGUUGGGACUGCCUGGAAAACAGACGUCUGGAGGGGCUGAGGAUGGUCCUCCCACAAAGCAAGUCUGUGGGGAUGACCUCAGGGUCAGGGAGACUGAGGAGGAGGCAGCCGAGGAAGAGACCAGCGAACAGACUGACUCUGAGCAAGCUCCCAAAAAUGACUUAGAGAUGGGGCUUACGGCAACAAAACCAGAAACGGCUGAUCUGGUUACCCCCGAAAUACCCGCAAGUCAGGCCGGUCCUAACCCAGUGCCUGGGGAUGGACUGCAUCGGGCUGGUUUUGAUGCCUUUAUGACAGGUUUUGUGAUGGCCUACAUGGGCGUGAACCAAGGAGUCCAGCCCAGUAGCUCUGGACCGUGGCUACCAGAAUGCCACAAUAAGGUGUAUCUGAGUGGUAAAGCUGUACCCCUCACGGUGGCCAAGAGUCAGUUCUCCCGUUCCUCAAAAGCUCACAACCAGAAGAUGAAGCUGGCUUGGGGCAGCAGCUAACCCAGCUUCUGCCAAGUACUCGGGGCCCAGGAAGAGAAGCUGAGAGUGGAACCGAGGGACCUGUAUCCCUUUGCUGCUCUCUCCUGACUAUUAGAGUUGGUGUGAAGGUUGGGAACCAUCCUUAAAGCAUCGUUCCUGGACUUCUUGCAAGCCGAAUUACAAGGACACAAGAAGAUAACCAAGACCUGUAACACCAUCUUUAUUUAUUUUUUAAUCAGAAAGUAUCUUGGGAAAGUUUUACAAAAAAAAAAAAAUCAACAGAAACAAGUUAUGAAAAUAUUUGACCA